ACGCUGGGGCUUGCAGAUGAAGCCGCUCCACUUAGAACUCCGCAGAAGAUGCUCUCACUUUGAAAGCCUUGGGGUCAGAUCCCAGGCUUUUCCUGCUCCCCCCGCACCUCCUGCACCCCAAUCUCAACAGACCUUCCCCCCUCCCAGGACCCAACCCAUCCCGCCGCCCCCUGGCGUCCAGCUGGGGCAGUACAGCAUGCGGCAAAGCUCUUUGCAUAAAUUAUGUUCAUGACGCAGCAGCUAAAAAAAUUCCCAAGUAGCAGGAGGGAAAGGGGGGGGGGGCGGGGGGGAAGGGGAGAGAGAAAGGUUUAAAAAAAAAGAAAAGAAAAAUAUCUAUCCGACUGCCCCCCUUCUUUCCCUCCCUGCUCCCCAGCGGCGCCCCCAGCCCCUGACAGCCCUCAGAGUUCCCCCACUUCCACUAGUGCUCCCACUCCCACCCAGCGCGGCCCGGGGGGCUAAGGGGCGCGCGGGCUGCGGGUCCGGGCCGGCUCAGCGGCCGAGCCGAGCCCAGGCGAGCCCGGCCGCGCUGGCUCCUUUGUCUGCGGGCUGCUGGCGGCCCCGGCCCCCGGGCCCCCGGGCCCCCAGGCCCGGGCUGUGAGAUGAAUCCCUAAUCGGGGGCUGCUGAGCAUCAGGGGCGAGGCGGCAGCUGCUCGGGCUCCGGAUGCUCUGCUUGGUGAGCUUGCCCCACCACCAUACCCUCUCAGAGUGACCAUGGAUCCUGGAGCAGGGCCUGACACAUCUCUGACUGUCAACGAACAGGUCAUCGUGAUGUCUGGUCACGAGACAAUCCGAGUUCUGGAAGUUGGAGUGGACACCCAUCUCCCAGCCGAGAGUGAAGGCAAAGGCCUGGAGGGUAUGACGGCUGACACCUCCCAGAGUGGUGGCCCCACCGAGGCAGAGAAAUCCAUCCAAGAAACGGGGCCAGAACAUCCGGACCCCUCUGCAGAGGCAACUGUGAAGUCAUUGGCCGGGAUCACACCCAGCCCUGUGCCCACGGCCUCCACCUUUAACCAAGCACCUACCCAGCCUCCAGCACCACAGACCCUGACACCCCUGGCCGUACAAGCUGCCCCCCAGGUCUUGACUCAGGAAAACUUAGCAACAGUUCUGACAGGAGUAAUGGUUCCAGCAGGAGCUGUUACUCAACCUCUUCUUAUCCCCAUCAGUAUUGCAGGUCAAGUGGCUGGUCAGCAGGGGCUGGCCGUGUGGACAAUUCCUACAGCAACCGUGGCUGCCCUCCCAGGACUGACCGCUGCUUCUCCCACGGGGGGGAUUUUCAAACCGCCCUUAGCUGGUUUGCAAGCGGCUGCCGUCCUGAACACUGCUCUCCCGGCUCCUGUGCCACCUGCGCCGCCCCUGCAGGUCCCCCCGCCUGUCCAGCCCCGGCCUUCUGCGGCCCAGGCCCAGACGCUGUUCCAGCCCCAGCCGCUGCUGCAGACCCCACCUGCCAUCCUGCCACAGCCUGCGGCCACCCCUGCCCCCAAGCCAGCAGACACUCCUACGCAGAUCACAGUCCAGCCUGCAGGCUUCGCAUUUAACCCAGGAAUCAUCAGUGCUGCCUCCCUUGGGGGACAGACCCAGAUCCUGGGCUCACUGACCACCACCCCAGUGAUCGCCAAUGCCAUUCCCAGCGUGCCUGGGAUCACAAGUCAGAUCUUGACCAACGCACAAGGGCAGGUCAUCGGAACUCUUCCGUGGGUGGUGAACUCGGCCAGCCUGGCAGCCCCAGCUCCAGCACAGAAUCUUCAGGUCCAAGCGGUGACCCCCCAGCUACUACUGAAUGCCCAGGGCCAAGUCAUUGCCACGCUGGCCAGCAGCCCUCUGCCCCCCGCAGCUGUCCGGAAGCCCAGUACCCCAGAGUCACCUGCCAAGAGUGAGGUGCAGCCCAUCCAGCCCACUCCAGCUGCAUCCCAACCAGCUGUGGUCAUCACCAGCCCAGCCCCAGUGGCCAAGCCUUCUGCCUCUGCUCCUAUCCCAAUUACCUGUUCAGAGACUCCUACUGUCAGCCAGCUGGUGUCUAAGCCCCAAGCCCCAAGUCUGGAUGAAGAUGGGAUAAACUUAGAAGAGAUCCGGGAGUUUGCUAAGAACUUUAAGAUCCGACGGCUCUCCCUGGGCCUCACCCAGACUCAGGUGGGCCAGGCUUUGACUGCCACGGAAGGACCUGCCUAUAGCCAGUCAGCAAUAUGCCGGUUUGAGAAGUUAGACAUCACCCCCAAGAGUGCCCAAAAGCUGAAACCUGUGCUGGAGAAAUGGCUAAACGAGGCAGAACUGCGAAACCAGGAAGGCCAGCAGAACCUGAUGGAGUUUGUAGGUGGCGAGCCCUCCAAGAAACGGAAGCGCCGCACCUCCUUCACCCCACAGGCCAUUGAGGCCCUAAAUGCCUACUUCGAAAAGAACCCUCUCCCCACCGGUCAGGAGAUCACGGAGAUCGCGAAGGAGCUCAACUAUGACCGAGAAGUCGUGAGGGUCUGGUUCUGCAAUCGACGCCAGACGCUUAAGAACACCAGCAAGCUGAAUGUCUUUCAGAUUCCCUAGAGCGGGGAGGAGCGGACCCUCCCCUCCCCAGGGCCUGUGUUUUAGCACUUUGGACUCUUCCCCUGGCGCUCCAGCCUUCAACUGCCACCCCUGACUGAAGCCGGCCCUGCACUUGGCGUGGCUGCAUUCGUCCUGGGUCUCAGGACCCAGCGUGGGCUGCAUGCCUGGCUCCUCCCUCCACCCGGGCCCCAAGUCAGGGAGAGGGAAGGGGCCAAUCCUGUGGGCCCCAGGUUCUGGGCAGAGGAGCUAAUGAUCUCUGCAGAAAAGCACUUUGCAAAAGUGGUCUGAAGGGGGGGAUUCACCUGGGAACCCAAAUGCCUACCCCUCGGAGGGAUAAGCGCGUCCUGGGGGACGCUGACCGUGAUGCUUUUGUCUUCUAUGACAUCACUUGUCCAGACCCCGAUUCUCCCUUAGGUCCCUCGGGGGCUGUGCUCGGCCCCAUUUGUCCUCACGAUCCUGUCAGGUGACUCGUCCCUUUUCAAGGAUCCGUAGGGCAGAAAUUAGUGAAGUUUGGGGUGCUGUUCAGGAGACGGGUUCCCAGAGCUUGAGUUCUGAGCCCCUUUGUCACAUGUCUGCUCCCACUCUCUUAUCCUUCCCAUCCCUCCCCUUGUUCCUUUGGAAACAAAUUGCACUAAUGCAGAUUCCUUUGUUCCGUGGUUCAAAAAUAGUGACGGCCAGGCCCCUAGGUGGAGCAGAGACUCUGGGCCAUUUUAGGGACCGACCCGUGUUCCAGACUUGUAUAUACUGUCAGUCCCUGGCCUUUCCCUAAUUCCUUCCUCCCCUAACACCUAAGCUUGGGCUGACUGUGGUCUGGAAAACUCCCACGCCCAAACUGUAAAUUGUGGAGAAAAAAGGAGGAAAAGAAUGUUGUCUUCCUUCCUCCUCAUCCAGCACAACUUAGGGGCCUCCCCAGAGGAACAGAGUAAAUAAAACAGAAACAAACUCAGACUACAGGGCCUGCCUCCGGAGGAGCAGAACUCAGCAGGAGCGGCCGUCUCUCCCAGCAUUCUUCGCUCUUGCUGUGCCCCCACCAGAAGGUCGACCUUUCGCUUUCUCAGUUCACUUCUUGCCCUAGACCUGGAGAAGAGAUUCCCUUUGUCCACAGGCCCAGACCCACUGGCCCUGCUACGCCCCGGAAUCAUUUCAGAUUUGCUUCAAAACCUAACCAAAACACGAGCCCGCCCCUUCUCCAAGAGAGCACUUGGUUUUCGUCCGCUCUUCUGGCAUAGCUUCAGCCGGGGGACUCCAAAACCUGAUCUUGUCACACAGCUUGCCCCCCCCACCCCCGGUCCCUAAACAGGAGAGGGUACAGCCCCAGGGCUAACCCCCUCCCCAGGCCCCACCUGCUCUUCCCAUGACUAGCACGGACCCCCACCUCCCAAAAGGAGGUUGUGCAGUGCCUCGCUCACCCCAAACCUGGCCCCGUGGAGGUCUUCCAGCACCAGUUGCAGUCGUGAGAUCCUUUUACUGCUCCAGAUUCUGCUCGGGUGCUCUGUUUGCUCUCUGGUUUCCAACUCCCAGCUGAGACUUCCAGCUCAGUGCACCGUCAGCCUUUCUUAAUCACAGCCUGGCCAGGGAUCUAAGGAGAGGUGUGUGCAGGGUUAUUCUCCUCUGUUCAGACCCAGGCCCCCGAGAGGAGAGUCAGAAAGGACAGAAGGACACCUGCAGAGGAGGGCUAGAGAGGCUGGAGAGGAUGAGGAGCCAACGUCCAAGAACAGAGAGGGGCAGCCAAGGAUUUGCCGAGGCAAGGGUUCGGUUCAUGGCCCACCAGUCUACAUCUGCUCUCAGGAUUCGCUUAGAGCUUGAAUCCCUCCGCAGUGGUCCUCAGGACGCGUAGAUACUGCAGAGGGUCUCGAACCCCAGUGACCUGGGGGAAUGGCCCGAUGGAGGAGCUUUUCUGUCUGAGCUGGGGCUCUCAGGAGUGGCAAAUGUGACGUCCCUAAUGGUGGAGCAGGAAAAAUAUACAGACCGCCUCAGACCGAUGGGAAAAUAGGAGCUAACACUUGCCUAGAGCUUUAAGAUUUGCAACGCUUGUCAUCCUUGUUAGCUUCUCUCAUUUGAUUAGUGUAAUGCCUCUCUGCCCUUUGAGGUAGUUCUGUCAGUCUUUUUCACUGUCGGGCACCAAGAGCAGCUAGGAGGAAGCCUUUCUCUGGACUUGGACCUAUCGCCAGGGGCUGCUGAGUACAUAAAUAAGGGGAGGGAGGAGGAGAAGGAUUAGUUUUCUCAUUUUUUUCUUUCUCUUGAAGGAAAAAGCCUAAUUCUUUAGUUUUAAGGAGCUCCCUUGUGGCAGCCCCGUGCUGGGCACAAAGACUGGCAUUCCAGUUCAGAAAGGAUCAGAAUAGUGGCCCCAGAAACAGCUUUCUGAAGGAGCGAUGGCUUCUCGGUCAUAAGCAUGAGUGACGUACAAAACAAAUCUGCAUCCAGAGAGACCCACCUGGGACUGGGUAUAGGAAGUCAUCUUGUUUCUCGGGUGCGGACGCACACCCAGAUGCUCUCUUGCCUCAUAGAUUGUACUUUGCCAAGUUCAUUUCUCUCUUGGAUUCCGUCCUUAUCUAUCUAUAAUGGGGCAAGGUCAGACCCUAUAGAGGCCAAUGGCUAUCAUUUUUGUGGGGUGGGAGGGGGGAGGAGAAACACUUGAUGUAGUUGUGUGAAAUAAACGGUAUUUUUUUCUUUUUGUA